AUGAAUGGGUCGUUGGGGUAUUACAACAAGCUAAAGAGAUCUCUAAAUGAUUGUGAUGAGUUGAGCUAUCAAGUUGUUUUUGCGCACCUGGAACUCGAUGAGGUGCCGAUGCCCGAAAGUCCCCUCAGUCCUGAGCCAAACCAAGAGGAGUUGGAAUUAGAGCUCGAAAAAGAGAUUUUAGAUGAGGAGCUAUUAUCUCAGUGGAUUCGCGAUUGA